AUGGGUAAUGUUCAUAAGACUGCUACUUCCAGUGAUGUGGAGGGUCUGAAAACUGCAUUGGCUACUGCGAACAAAGAUGAAGAAGACUCCGAGGGAAGGACAGGACUGCAUUUGGCUUGCUCGUAUGGCAAGGUGAAAUGUGCUAAAGUUCUUCUGGAAGCUGGAGCAAAUCUCAACGCGGUUGACAAAAACAAGAACACACCGUUGCACUAUGCUGGUAACUGUGGGAGGAAAAAGUGUGUAAGCCUUCUCCUAAAGAAGGGUUCUGCAGAAACUCUGCAAAACAAGGAUGGCAAAAAUCCCAUUGAUUUGGCUAAGCUUAACUAUCAGCUUGACGUUGUGAACCUCCUUGAGAAGGACGCAUGA